GAGAGGAAGAGCUCCCCUCUCGCUCCCCCCCUCUGGCCCCGAACCUACACGGCUGCUGAAUUCAGAUGCGGUGCACCUCAUAUGCUGGCACAGCGCAAGGAUUCGGCCCGGACUAGUUUGUGCUUGGAGGUGUGCAUGCAAGGUGUUUGUUUUUUGGUUUGAUCCAGAGGAGCAGAGCCAGAUCCCCUUGUCCUGAUAUAGCGGCUCACACCAUUACAGCAGGUGCCGCUUUAUUUUCGCGCACUACUCUCUUGGAAUCGAACAGUUUCUUCAGAUUUGCCGCAUGAGGAUGUUCAAGGAACUGACUUACAGGGGUUGCACCAAUUGUGUCAGGCUCUCGCUACGUGCCAGAGACAACACAGACUCUGACUGCUGGAAUUAGCCAUCUUUUGGAAGAAUUCAGAAGACAGAGCAUCGUCCCCGGGCUGCUCACCCGUCACCCUGCCGUUACUGUUCAGAAUUGUCAACGGAUAAACUGAUAUCUAAUCGCUCUGUUACAAACCCGAGGAGUCGUGAUCAGUGGGAAUGAGAUUUAGGAAAUCUGCGGCGGGUUGGAGGACUGGGCUGAGUUUCGCACGGGAACUACAGGUCUAGAUUUCACAACUUUGCAUAGACUUCAUCUUUCUAUAUGGACCGAUCAGCAUCUUUGGAUAUUGAAGCGCUGAAGAUGACCCAGGAGCAGUACAUCCUGGCAUCUCAGCCCAACCCACUGCAGCGGCCGGGCUGUGCGCAGGCAUACCCAGUGGGCAUCUACGGCUGGAGGAAGCGCUGCUUGUACUUCUUCAUCCUCCUGCUCCUCGUCACCAUGAUCGUCAAUCUGGCCCUCACCAUCUGGAUUCUCAAGGUCAUGAACUUCACCGUGGAUGGCAUGGGAAAUCUCCGCGUGACCAAAGAGGGCAUCAGGCUGGAGGGUGUUUCUGAGUUUCUUCUGCCACUCUACGUGAAGGAGAUUCAGUCCCGAAGGGACAGUCCACUUAUCAUGCAAUCAGACAGGAACGUGACGGUCAAUGCACGUAAUAACAUUGGACAGCUGACUGGACAGCUCACUGUAGGCUCUGAGAUGGUGGAAGCACAAUGCCAGAGGUUUGAGGUGCGCAGCAGUGAUGGGGAGAGAGUGCUCUUCUCUGCAGAUGAGCAGGAGAUCAGCAUUGGCACUGAAAAACUCAAAGUGACAGGCAAUGAGGGAGUGGUGUUCCAGCACUCGGUGGAGACCUCUCACGUCCGAGCAGAGCCCUUCCAGGACCUCAAGCUGGAGUCCCCGACGAGGACUCUGUCCCUGGAGGCGCCGAAAGGCGUGGAGGUCAACGCAGGGGUCGGCGAGUUCAAGGCAUCCUGUCGAAAGGACCUCACCUUGGAGUCUUCAGAGGGAGACAUCUUUUUAAACGCGAACACAAUCCGCCUGGGGAACAUUCCUCACGGCACGACCGACCCCCUGCUCGCGCCGGGCACCACCUAUCCCAAGCAGACUGUGUACGAGGUGUGCGUGUGCCCCAGCGGCAAGCUCUACCUGUCCCCGGCCGAGAGCGCCUCCACCUGCCAGACCACCAACAGUGUGUGCUUAUGGAGCUGAGAGAGGCGAGCGGGCCCCUGACCCCCACCGCGCCCCCCGCGCCCCAAACCAACACCGCCCCAACACCAGAAAGGCCUUCCUCCCCGUCUCCGCGCCACUCCCUGGUCCAGCUGCAGCAGGCUGAAGACUCACUCCAGGCCCCCGAGCCCACCAUAGUCUCCGACACACUCGUCUGCGUCCAGCACUCGUGUCUCCCAUGCCGCUUUGACUGCCAUUGUUUGUUCAAUGUAGCGAUAACCUCCUCACACUUUCCUUCUGUCUUUACCAUGUGUCCCGUUUCUCCAUUGUGUCUUAUCAUCUGGAUGCCUGACUUCUUUUAUUUCACUUUUUAUCUAUCUAUCUAUCUAUCUAUCUAUCUAUCUAUCUAUCUGUCUAUCUAUCUAUCUAUCUAUCUAUCUAUCUAUCUAUCUAU